AUGUCAUCCAAAGACGCCCACUUGUACGGCGCACGACCAAAAGGACGCGCAAAGGCAAAGGAGAUAUCUAGUUCCAGCUCACUCGCCUUCUCCUCGACCCUCUCCAACCUCAUCAAGAACUCGUCCGCCGAAUCCAGCAAGCCCGCUGCAGGCCGCGCACGCCCGCAGAAGGAAGACAUCUUCAAGACACACAACAAGAAUGUCAAAAAGCGGGCCCUCAAAGACCUAGAGGAUACAGACUUUACACAAAAACAUCGGGGACGGACGGCCGAAGAGAAAGACGAGGAUGAAGUGGCGUGGAAGCGAACCAAGCGGCGUAUGGAGGAAAAGGCACGCCUCUACGACGCCCUAAAGCGCGGCGAUGUCGAAGACCUGGACGACAAGUACGGCGUCGACUUUGACCGUAAAUGGGCCGAGAAGCAAGAAAAAGGCGAGGCAGAAUCCGCACCAUCAUCUGAAUCGGAAGCAUCAGAAGAGGAGGAGCUUGUGGAGUACACGGACGAGUUUGGGCGCACACGGAAAGGUACCCGCGCAGAAGCCGCUCGCGAGGAGCGCCGAAAACGUACCCUAGCAGCCGACGAACCCGACCGCUUCACAGCCCGGCCCAGCAUGCCUAGUAACAUCAUUUACGGGGAUGCCGUGCAGACGCAAGCCUUCAACCCUGACGAAACCAUCGCCCAACAAAUGGCCGACCUAGCCGCCAAGCGCGACAAGGAACUUACCCCGCCACCCGAACUACACUUUGACGGCAAAGCCGAGGUGAGGCAGCGUGGAAUGGGCUUCUUCAACUUCUCCAAGGACGAGGAGGAGCGUAAGGAGCAGAUGAGUAGGAUUGAGAAGGAGAGAGAGGAGACUGAGAGGGUGAGACGCGAAAGAAAAGAGCAGAUUGAGAAGAGGAAAGAGAUGAUUCGUAACAAGAAGAAGGCCAUUCAGGCGAAGAGGAGUCAGGGACAGGCAGAGCGGUUCUUGGAUGAGCUGGGGGCGGAGUUGCUAAACGGGGAGGGAGGAGAAGACAACAGCGAGGAUAAAGAUGGAGAGGGGAGCAAGAAGGUCGUAGAGGAGGUCGAGGAAGCUGCGUAA